UGCAGCUCCGCUCCGGAUCCUGGUUGGUUAGCGGCUCCUCCUGGAGCUCAGCGCCGCCCAGAGGCGUCGCCUCCCGGCUUAAUGUCCGCCGCUCAUUGGAGGAAGCUGCGUUCAAAAAGUCCGCCUCUCCGUCCCGCUCUGCUGGGAGCUUUUCUGGUUGGUCGCCAGCAUCGUCCCGCUCCUCUCCGCGGACAUAUAAAGCAGCUUUCAGCCGCUGCUGGUCACAUUUUCUUGAGUCUGCAGAAACAAGAAGCAACAAAAUGAGUGGCCGCGGAAAGACCGGAGGAAAAACCCGAGCGAAGGCCAAGACCCGCUCCUCUAGAGCCGGACUCCAGUUCCCGGUGGGCCGCGUUCACAGGCUGCUGCGCAAAGGCAACUACGGAGAGCGGGUCGGUGCCGGAGCCCCCGUCUACCUGGCCGCUGUGCUCGAGUAUCUGACCGCUGAGAUCCUGGAGCUGGCUGGGAACGCCGCCCGCGACAACAAGAAGACCCGCAUCAUCCCCCGUCACCUGCAGCUGGCCGUCCGCAACGACGAGGAGCUCAACAAGCUGCUGGGUGGAGUCACCAUCGCUCAGGGUGGAGUGCUGCCCAACAUCCAGGCGGUGCUGCUGCCCAAGAAGACCGAGAAGGCCGCCAAGGCCAAGUAAACCUGCUGUUGCUCAGCAACAAACACACAACGGCUCUUUUAAGAGCCACACACUCCUUCAUCAUGAGAGCAUCAAAUCCUCUUUAGCACAUUGUUUGUUGUUCUAAUAGGUUUUGGUUGUACAUCAUUUCGUCCAGCGGUGUCUUAAAGUCAUUUACAAUAGAAAGUCAAACUGCUUUGUUGUGAUGGGAAUUUCGACUCUUUUUAGAGAGCCGGUUCUUUCGGCUCCCCAACUGCCCUUAAUAAAUUCUCAUCUCCAGUUCCAUAUACAAUAUUUGUAAAUAGGAAUAUUUCAUAAUAAAUCCUCUUUCAUUCAGUGUUAUACAACCUUAAUUUUAUGCAUUAUGUUGUGAAAGCAGACAUUAUGUUUGUGUACCAUUUUUAAUGAAUCUUUAUAUCUUUAACAAAAACAAAUGAACAGAAUAGUGCAAAGAAAUCAGAUCCAUAAUUAUUCAAUCUUCAAAAUUAUCUUUAAUCUUCAGCCAGAUGUUCUU